UUAGAUAAACAGUAACGUGUAAAAAAUGCACGAAUAUUUAUUUCUUUAUGUUUCAGUUUAGAAUUUCAGUGACUAACGUGACCAAUUAGAAGUCAGAAUUCAAGUAAUACCUGCAUCCCCACCAAAUAUAAGGGCUUCAGAACUUAACAAACUAGUCAGUGUAUAACAAGACUCGAAGAGUAGUAUGUCAGGUAUUUUUUGUAACACAUCUGAAAAUAUAGUUCAUUGUGAUAAAACAUAUCAUAACGUGGAUAUUAGAAGAAAAGCAUGUCUCAAUUGCAAAUUUAAUAAUUCAAAACAGGCAUGCUUUGGUUACAACUUAAGUAAUCCGAAUAAAAGGAUUCUAGUGUGGUUGAAAUACACUUUAUCAUGGAUUCAAAGAAAAGUUCCACUGCAAAUAUUAUAUUAUAGAAGAUACAGAUAUGUGUCAUCCAAGUUAUGUUUAUAUUGGAAAAUAUGGAUGAGAUAUGUAUCCUCCUGGGUCCUAAAAUUGGAAGAAAGAAAAAACGACUGAUGAGGAAACUUCGAUAAGAAUUUCAGAAAAGUUUUCGGUAAGCAUUUAGAAAGAAAAAUUUGAUUUUGGAAAUGAUUUUUUUUAGCGAGCAAUCUUUCAUAACCAGCAAAUAUAAUAAAAAAUAAAUUUAAAAAAAAUAAGAUUCCAAAGAUCAUGAGACCAAAACAUUCUAGAUAAGUUCAAUUCAUAUUAAAAAAUACAAUGGAACUAGAAU